AUGUCAUUCAAGAACAUCUUCAACAAGCAGAACUUCAAAUACUUAUUCACCACACACUUCUGGGGUCCUGUUUCCAACUUCGGUAUCCCGGUGGCCGCCGUUUUGGACUUGAAGAAGGACCCAGAUUUAAUCAGUGGACCAAUGACUGGAUCUUUGAUCUUGUACUCGUUGGUUUUCAUGCGUUAUUCAUUGGCCAUUCUGCCUAAGAAUUAUUUGUUGUUCGGCUGUCACUUUGUUAACGAAUGUGCCCAGUUGGGCCAGGGUUAUAGAUGGCUUAAUAACCACUAUUUCUCAUCCAAGAAGGAAGACCCUAAGCCAGUCACCAACUAG